UGUUUACAAAUCAACCCUCGAGCUGUUUCUGUUGGGCAGCGUGGUGAACGGGUACGCCGGCUGAGCGAUCCUAUCCAUUUAAAUAAAAACAUAAUUCGCGCCCGGAUAUUUUGAUAUAUACAUAUAUAUUUAAAAAUGCCUUGUCGAAAGGAGAACUACAUCCUUUUGGAACAGUCGGUAACAGUGGAUUCUAAGGAAGUAGACGCGCUCGUGUCGAAGAUCGGCGAGGCGCUGCAGCUUCACAACAAUAGCUCGAGCCAUAAGGGGAUGUCACGUCUACACGGUCUCGCCAGCGGCACAUGCGUCAAACCGAGCAACACAAACGGCAGCCACGGCAGUAGCAGCUCUGCGGGCGGUCAGCGGCGCAACGGAUGCUGUAUGCGUCUACGCAGCCGGAGUUUACGCACCAGCCGGGCCAGUCCGUACAAUCCGCCCGGAUCCAGCGAUCAGGAAUGGGGCCAUUUCAAAUCCUCGUGGAACCGAAAGAAGAUCGACGUUAAGACAGGCGACGAGGACGACCCACAUCAGCUCCUCCAGGAACUCAUAUUGUCGGGUAAUCUGAUCAAGGAAGCGGUCAGACGACUAAAGUUUUCCUCGGAACCACCGGAGCACGACAUCUCCAAACCCGUAGACUGAUUUGUAUGUGUUCAAACCAGCAGAUGCAUGAACGUCCACGCGUUUCAUGGGGUCACCAGCUCAUAGCCAUGCAUUGAUUUUGCUGGAAGUUUUACAGACUUUAAUAUCAAACCCGUAUAAUUUUUCUAUUGUAUAUUAAUGGGAUGGAAAUGUUAUGUAUUUUUGACUGUUUUGCAAUGUGAUUCCCCUAUAAUUCUUCGUCAUACUUUUUUUGAACUAUAUCAGUGUCCAGAUGAAAUGCAAUAUGAUGCAAAAUCCUGUGACUUAUAGCAAUGCAUCUGAUAAUAUUAUUAACUGCCCCAAACGGCCUGUUUGGCUUAGAAUGGAUGGUGCAUUUUGUUUGGGUUUGCUGGAGGUCAGCAGCUUGUGUCAGUGGCAACAAGAACUGAUCAACUGGAUUGUUUACAAUGUAGAUGUGGUCGGGCUGUUGGUUGGCAGUCCCCGCCUAGAUCAGGCAAGGGGUCACACUUUUUGUUUACUCUGAACGUUUAGAUACUUUUGUUAGAUACUGAGAUAUCACUAUUGAUUUCAAACUGUCCCCAUGUGCACCUAACGUGGGCCCACGUCCACAGAACCCUGGAUUUCCAUGCAAGGAGCAAGACUAACACUCCUCAAAGAGAAACCAAAAUCAAUCUGUUAUACAUUACAUUAAUGGAGGGGGGGAGGGGGGGCUGUGAUGUUCAAAACACACUGACACUCUGGUGCUUUUUUUUAUUCCAACGUGGAGUUCUCUUUUUUUUUCUUUUUUUUUCACUCCAUGUAAACUCAGUGUAUGCUUCGCAGCGAAGUGUUUUUAAUACCUCUGAUUGUUCAGAGUUUGGUGUCUAAUA